CCGAUAUAUAGCCUCCAUGAGUCCUGCCAUUUGAGAUUUGACAGAUAGUGACAGUUCUCAUGUCAGUUGUCAGUCGGUUUGCAAAUUUGUGGUUAAUUUUUUUUGGCGGACUUACCUCAACAGAAAAUUAUAAUUAAUAGGAAUAUAAAACGCAACCGAAGCCAUAAACAAAAUCCUGAACGCGAUUGUCUCGCGCAAGAGUUCUCCUUUCAAUUGACUGCCUGCAGCGAUACAUGGCUGCAAAACGAACAGCGACGACAGACCUGAAUCACGAGAAUUGGAACCGAGAGGAUGAACCUGAGGAACAGGGGAGCUUCCAACAGGCUUCUGAAGAACAACUCAAGAACAGAAUCAUCAAAACUGCGAGAAGGAGGAAUCCUAUAUCUUCGGUUAGGAACUCGGAAGAUGCUGAUGGGAAACAGAAAAAUAUCUUUACCGGCUUCACAGCCUUCGCGAAAGCUCCAGCUGCAGCACCAACAGGCCAGUUUUCAUUCCUUUCAAAUCUAAAUCCUCAAAAAGAUCAACCUAAGACAAAUGGUAUUCAAGACUCCAGCAAAAACAAAAAUGACAGUGUUGGAUUGUCUGUUUCCAGCACUAUUUCCAUAUUUGGUAGCAAUUCAACAGCUGCGAAUAGACCAGAAGGAAAAUCUGAAGCAUAUUUAUCAAAAUUGAAGGGAUUAAAUGAGAGUGUGUCAAAGUGGAUUAAACAACAUGUGGAUGCAAAUCCCCUGAUCAACUUGAAACCUGUCUUUGAGGAUUAUGAAAAAUAUUUUAAGGAUCUGGAGCUGGAAGAAGUAAAAGCAACAGCGUCAGAAAAUAAAUCAGAGGCCAGUAACAAAAAGGAGGAGACAGCAUCUUCAAUGAGUACUUUUAAGUUUAAAUCCAUGCAAAAUGUUCCAGAUAGUACUACAGGCAAGGCACAGACAGACACAAAAGUAGAACAGGGGAAAAAUGAAAAGAGUAGUACAUCUAUACCAAAAUUUUCUUUCGGGACUAUGCCAGUAAACACAACAGCUUCUGCUGUUCAACCACCAUUUUUCAGUAGUACGGCCACUUCAAAUACAUUUUCUUUUUCCAGUUCAAAUGCUUCUUCUACUUCAACAUCUCCAUCCAUGUCAUUUGGAAAAUCAACCUCUUCCGCUGUUACAUUCACCCCAGCUAUGGCUCCCUUUAGUUUUGGUGCACCCCUCAAACCCACAGAGCAAGUGAAGAAACCAGAAGAAAAUAAGGAUGCUAAUGAUGAUGAAGACGAACCACCGAAGGUGGAAUUCACUCCAGUUGAAGAGAAAGGACACAUAUACACAACAAGGUGUAAAGUAUUUGUGAAAAAAGAAGAAAGUGGCUUUGCAGACCGAGGAGUAGGAAACCUCUAUUUGAAACCAAUUGAAGGAAGUGAGAAAAUACAACUGAUUGUUAGGGCAGACACAAAUUUAGGAAACUUGCUGUGCAACUUCAUUCUGUCAAAGAACAUACCCACAGAACGUAAGGGUAAGAAGGAUGUCAUGUUGGUAUGUCUACCAAUGCCUGACUUCAAGCCUCCACCUGUUCCUAUGUUACUUAGAGCCACAUCCACAGAAGAAGCAGAUAAGCUCCUUGAAACGCUUGAGAAGCACAAGAAAUGAAUACUUUUAUUGUUAAAUUAGGUGUCAUUUUUAAUAAGCUCAAUAGAAUAUUGUUUUUUAUA